UUAUAGAAAACCAUGAGCAUAAAUUUUGAAUAAUUUAGCAUGAUACCAAAAUAAAUACAUAAAAAUGCGUUUAUAAUUUUUGGUGGCAAGUAUGCCAGUAUCAAAUCCGUCAAGAAAUGACACUGGGAUCAAUCCAACAAAGCUUGAAAGACAUCAGAGUACAUUAAAUAGUAUGCUUCAUGUUUUCCUUCCUAAUGGAGAAUUUCGAGCAGUUAGAUUUGGUGAUAAUUCUGACAUGAAAAGCAUUGUGGAAACAGUGAUAAGAAGAUUGGGUGCUAAUAUAUCUGUAGCUUCAAAGUUUUAUGCUUUAAAGUUGGAAAAUAUAUUAAACAAAGAAUCUUUUUGGCUUAGUUCUUCGCUGACAAUGAAUGAAGUUAAAUUGAAAUAUGAAAAGGAACACAAUAAUGAAAAUUGGAGGUUUAAUCUUCGUGUGCGAUUCAUCACAAGCUCAUUUACAGAUUUGUACAAUACUGAUAAGACAACUUUCUACUUUUUAUACGAUCAGGUGCGUUCAGAUUAUAUGAAAAAUUUAGCUGAGCAAGUCGACCCUGAUCUAGCAUUUCAAUUAGGCGUUUUAGAAAUGAAAAAGUUUUUUAACAAUAUGGCUCAAUCUGCACUAGAUAAAAAAUCAAAUUUAGACUUUAUUGAAAAAGAGUUUGGUUUAACAAGAUUUCUCCCACAAAACAUCAUAGAGACAUGGAAGAACAAAGAUAUCAGAAAACAAAUUCAGAAGUUAUUUAAACAAUAUGCAAAUUUCAAAGAAGAUGCGUGUUGCUUUAAGUUUUAUGAGUUAUUAAUUGCUGUUCAGCGUUUUGAUUUAGAAGUUUAUAAAUGUUCCCUUGGGAGUGUUUGGUCAAUUGCUGUAGAUGUUGUGGUUGGACCUAAUGAUGGAAUAAGUUACCGUCCAGAACAAGGAUCAAAGAUAAAUCGAAUGGCUGAGUUUUUUCAAAUUUCCAAAAUUCAAUCUUCCAAAGUUGGAGCUAUGCCAGGAAAAGCAUCACUUACAAUUCAAGUUGAAGGGAGCAAAGAACCAUUAGUUUUCAUGUUGGAUUCUAUAAACAAAGCCAUUGAACUUGCUGAUUUGAUUGAUGGAUACUGUCACAUAAUAAAUGGUCAGCUGUCUAAAUCACUUAUUGUUAAAAGAGCUGAUAGCUACAGAAACCUGCCAUCAAUUCCUGGUGAAAGUUCAGUAGCAAUUGUUCCCAAUCGUGUUUCCUCGUCUUCAUUGAUACUGAACUCCAGCAAAAAUGGAGAUUUCGCUGACUAUGCAGAAAUUGAUGAUAAUAGUUUAAGAAGAGAUACAAAUUCAAAUUCAGAUAAAGAUUUUGUGGUGCCGUAUAAAAACUUGACUUUAAUUGAAAUUAUUGGCCAAGGCCAGUUUGGUGAUGUUUAUCGUGGUAUUUGCAAAACAACACUAAACAGUGAGCUACCUGUUGCAGUGAAAACUUAUAAAGUUGAACUUGAAAAAGAGCAGGAAGAUGCCACUCGUGCUGAAAAAUUCUUGGAAGAAGCAUAUAUUAUGAAGUUAUUUGAUCAUCCACAUAUCAUCAAAUUGAUUGGAAUAUGUCCUGAAAAUCCACCUUAUAUUAUAAUGGAGCUUGCAGCUUAUGGAGAGUUGCGUUCGUACUUGCAAACAUACAAAAUUCAAACAGAGCUUGAGCGCUUGAUUGCUUAUAUUUAUCAAUUAAGUACAGCACUAUGUUAUUUAGAAAGCAAGAACUUUGUACAUAGAGAUGUUGCUGCAAGAAAUAUUCUUGUUGUUGAUCCAUUAACUGUGAAGUUAGCAGAUUUUGGACUAUCAAGGUGGAUUGAUGAAGAGCAAUUGUACUAUAAAGCAUCAAAAGGAAAGCUUCCAAUAAAAUGGAUGGCCCCUGAAUCCAUAAAUUUUCGACGAUUUUCUUCCAAGUCUGACGUGUGGAUGUUUGGUGUGUGUUGCUGGGAAAUACUUAUGUAUGGAGUAAAACCUUUUCAGGGAGUUCCCAAUGAAAAAGUUAUAGGGAAAAUUGAAAAUGGAGAGAGGCUGCAGCUUCCACCUAAUUGUCCACCCACUUUAUAUCAUAUAAUGACAGAAACUUGGUUGUAUGAUCCAGAAAAACGUCCAACAUUUCAGCAAAUGAAACUAAGGCUAAGUGCAAUUGCAGAAGAAGAAAAAAACUCUGUUCUAGAACGAAAGAAAAAAGAAGAACGAAGAAUGCAUGCCAAGCCUCUAAGUAAUGAAAAUGCUCCACCAAAGCCUGCAAGACCAACAGCAAAUAUUGAGCCACGGUUUACAGGUACUGAGGCUGUAACUUUACCACGCUUAACAAGAACAAUGAAUUCUUUAGCAAGUUCUGAUAUGAUAGGUACCAGUACAUUACCAAGACCUUAUACAAAAAAUCAGAGUCCAUUUAACAUACAAAGGAUGUCAUGGUGUAAUCCUAGAUCACAUGCUAAAGAUAAUCAAAAGCAAGAAUCAGAUGACAAAAGUGGUUUUAGUUCUCUUAAAGAGGAUGAAAAAAUUAAAACAAAGCUUCUUGAGCAAAAACAACAAACAGAAGCUGAUCGUGAGUGGUUAGAAAGUGAAGAAACCAAAAGUUUUUCAACAAAUGAACAAUCACAAAAAGAAACAGCUUUGGUAGAUGAUGGAAAAUCUAUAAAUAACUCUGAUCAACUUGGGUAUGAUUUGUACAAAGAAGCAUAUGUAAAUGAUUUGAUAGAACAAAAACUAAAAAAAAGUUCGUCCUUGUUACGAAGAAGCAUACCACUGUAUAAUUUUGAAAAGAACACAUCGACUACCUAUGUUCCAUCGCCAUUAGCUCGUGAACAAAAAGUUGAAAACCCUAGAAUUUCAACAUAUGAUCAGUUGCAAGAUUCUUUAGUAUCUUCUAACACAAAGACUAACUCUAGUACCUUCAGUAACUCUGCUUCCAUUGUUAGUACUGCAGGAAAACAUGAUUUAUAUGCUAUACCAUUUAAAUCCUCUGUUCGAAACAGUAAAAUUGUAACACCUUCCGUAGGACCUUCACCAAAUGUUACUACUGCACUUGACACUUCUGAAUUAAUUCCUUCUUUAGAAGAGUCUACUCCUCACAUUCAACAAAAUAUAAAUAUAGAUGUAGAAAAGGUUUAUUUGCAUACAACCAAUGUGGUGAAAUCAGUCAUUGAACUAAAUACUGGUAGCCAACAUGCCCAGCCUGAAGAAUUUGUAGACUUAGUAAAGGUGGUUGGUUUAAAUUUACGUGAUUUAUUAGCUGAAGUAAAUUUAAUUACUUAUAAAGAGAUUGAGAUGGCACGAAAAGUUCUCUCUUCUGAUAUGGCAGAAUUGGUUAAUAGAAUGAAAAUUGCACAGAAGUAUGCUGACACAACAGUGGAUCAGCAGAAUAGAAAGAAUAUGCUUGCAGCAGCUCACGCUCUCGCUCUUGAUGCUAAAAACUUAUACGAUGUUAUUUCAAAACUGCAAAACUCACAACAUGUGAGUUGACAAUAAAAUCAUUUUUUUAAAUUAUUGAAUAAAGAUUUACAAAGUUAGGAAUACGAUCCCAUAAAAAGACAUUUUUCAGUGACGUAGCCUAAAGUUUUCGCAUGAAUAUAGUUUUUAUUAUUGAAUAGUAUAGGAUAUAAAAUAUGACAUUUUUUGUCUCAGUUGAAAUUAGAAAUUUUUUUUUGAAAAAAUUCUGAUGGCUGAGUAAAAUUAAAUUUGCAUUUUUGUUAUUUUCUAAUAAUAUCAGCUAUAAUUAUAAUAUUAUUUAUUGUUAUCAUUAUUUUUUUGUUUUUUUUGUUUUCAUAUAUAUAAUUUGCUUUAAAAAUUUUUAAAUAUUUUUUUUAAACUUCUUUUCUUCUGUUAUUUUAUAUAAAUAAUUUUGACAGGUAUAUAAAUAAAUCAAAGAUCUUUUUUGUUAAAUCUGCUUAACUUUUUUUUUUUCUCUCUACAGAUUACUUUUGAAAGAAUUUUCAACUUUUAUAUUUGUAUCAUAUUUAUAAUUUUUCCUCUGUUUAUAUACUAAACCAUUUGCCUCAUGAAAAUGUUGUUCAAAAAUUUAUUGUAAAUAUACUUAAAAUUAAUUGUAUGCUGCAUUUCUUCGAACUGAAAUAAAUAGGUUUUCUAAAA